GGCCUCCUCCGCCGGCUCCUCCUCUCGGGCCCUGCCCGCCUCGCCUCAGCUCGGCUCCCUCCGCCCUCAGCAAAGCCACCAUCACCGUUGCUGGCGCCGGAGUUUGGCGGGGGGGCCUCGGCAGCGGAGCUCCAGCCGACGAGGGAGGAGGAGGAAGAAGAAGAAGAAGAGGAGGAGGAGAAGGCGGGCUUUAUUUUUAUUUCAUUAUCAUCGUCACCAUUAUUAUUAUUUUCCCUGCCGCCUCGCCUCCCCCCUCCCCGCCCGCCGCCGCCGCUCUCCUCAUAGAAGAAGAAAAGGGCGCCACGCCGCCCGCCCGAGGGCCGCCGCCAUGUACACGGCGGGGGGAGCGGCCCCCGUCGCCGCGGGACCCGCACUUGCGACGCCCCCGCCCAUGCCACCCCCGAUACAGGCAUAUGCAUUUAAACCCCCCCCUCGACCUGAUUUUGGUACUUCAGGGAGAUCAAUCAAACUGCAAGCCAACUUUUUUGAAAUGGACAUUCCAAAAAUCGACAUCUACCAUUAUGAAUUGGAUAUAAAGCCAGAGAAGUGCCCUAGAAGAGUUAACAGAGAAAUAGUUGAACACAUGGUCCAGCACUUUAAAGGACAGAUAUUUGGGGAGCGCAAGCCAGUGUUUGAUGGAAGAAAAAACCUCUAUACAGCUAUACCACUUCCAAUAGGGAGAGAUAAACAGGUGGAAUUGGAGGUCACAUUGCCGGGAGAAGGGAAGGACAGAAUAUUUAAGGUGGCAAUAAAGUGGAUGUCAGGUGUGAGUCUGCAGGCUUUACAUGAUGCUCUCUCUGGUCGUCUUCCAAGUGUUCCUUUUGAAACAAUUCAGGCACUGGAUGUAGUAAUGAGGCACUUGCCUUCCAUGAGGUACACUCCUGUGGGACGGUCCUUUUUUACUGCAUCAGAAGGGUGCUCUAAUCCCUUGGGUGGCGGCAGAGAAGUUUGGUUUGGAUUCCAUCAGUCCGUCAGGCCUUCACUGUGGAAAAUGAUGCUUAACAUUGAUGUAUCUGCAACAGCAUUUUACAAGGCACAACCUGUAAUUGAGUUCGUAUGUGAAGUUUUGGAUUUCAAAAGUAUUGAAGAACAACAGAAACCUCUGACAGAUUCCCAAAGGGUUAAGUUUACCAAAGAAAUUAAAGGUCUGAAGGUGGAAAUCACUCACUGCGGGCAAAUGAAGAGAAAAUACCGAGUAUGCAAUGUUACCAGACGACCAGCAAGUCACCAAACAUUCCCGCUUCAGCAGGAGAGUGGACAGACCGUUGAAUGCACUGUAGCUCAAUACUUUAAAGAUAGGCACAAGCUGGUUUUACGAUACCCUCAUCUUCCAUGUUUACAAGUUGGACAGGAGCAGAAACACACAUAUCUCCCUCUAGAGGUAUGCAACAUAGUGGCAGGACAGCGGUGUAUAAAGAAGCUGACAGACAAUCAAACUUCCACUAUGAUAAGAGCAACUGCUAGAUCAGCACCUGACCGUCAAGAAGAGAUUAGUAAACUGAUGCGAAGUGCAAGUUUUAAUACUGACCCUUUUGUUCGUGAAUUUGGAAUAAUGGUGAAAGAUGAAAUGACGGAUGUGACUGGGCGGGUCCUACAGCCUCCUUCAAUUCUCUAUGGAGGCAGGAACAAAGCAAUAGCUACACCAGUUCAAGGGGUUUGGGAUAUGAGGAACAAACAGUUUCACACUGGAAUUGAAAUCAAGGUCUGGGCAAUUGCUUGCUUUGCUCCACAGCGCCAGUGCACUGAAGUCCACCUUAAGUCCUUCACAGAACAACUGAGGAAGAUAUCACGAGAUGCAGGAAUGCCCAUCCAGGGUCAGCCCUGUUUCUGUAAAUAUGCCCAGGGAGCAGAUAGUGUGGAACCAAUGUUCCGACAUCUAAAAAACACUUACGCCGGAUUGCAGCUCGUAGUAGUCAUUCUGCCAGGAAAAACUCCAGUUUAUGCUGAGGUGAAGCGUGUUGGUGAUACUGUGCUGGGCAUGGCCACACAGUGUGUGCAGAUGAAAAAUGUGCAGAGAACGACGCCACAGACACUUUCCAAUCUGUGCUUAAAGAUCAAUGUCAAACUGGGAGGAGUAAAUAACAUUUUACUGCCUCAGGGAAGGCCUCCAGUAUUUCAGCAACCUGUAAUUUUCCUGGGUGCAGAUGUCACUCAUCCACCAGCUGGAGAUGGGAAAAAACCAUCCAUUGCUGCUGUUGUAGGUAGUAUGGAUGCCCACCCUAAUCGAUACUGUGCCACUGUGAGAGUCCAGCAGCACCGCCAAGAGAUCAUCCAAGACUUGGCUGCCAUGGUCAGGGAGCUGCUCAUUCAGUUCUACAAAUCAACCCGAUUCAAACCAACUCGGAUUAUUUUCUACAGAGAUGGUGUUUCAGAGGGGCAAUUCCAACAGGUCCUCCAUCAUGAAUUGCUGGCUAUCAGAGAAGCAUGUAUUAAGCUAGAAAAAGACUACCAGCCUGGAAUCACAUUCAUUGUUGUGCAGAAAAGGCAUCACACCAGACUCUUCUGUACAGACAAAAACGAAAGGGUCGGGAAAAGCGGAAACAUUCCAGCAGGUACAACAGUGGACACAAAAAUCACCCACCCUUCAGAGUUUGACUUCUAUCUGUGUAGUCAUGCUGGUAUUCAGGGGACAAGCAGGCCAUCUCAUUACCACGUUCUCUGGGAUGACAAUCGUUUCUCUUCAGAUGAGCUUCAAAUCCUUACCUACCAACUGUGUCAUACAUAUGUACGCUGUACUCGUUCUGUUUCAAUCCCUGCACCAGCAUACUAUGCACAUCUGGUUGCCUUCAGAGCCAGGUAUCAUCUGGUGGAUAAAGAACAUGAUAGUGCCGAAGGGAGUCAUACGUCUGGUCAGAGCAAUGGCAGAGAUCAUCAAGCACUUGCAAAAGCCGUUCAGGUUCAUCAAGAUACAUUGCGCACCAUGUACUUCGCUUGACAUGUUGCAGUGCUUUAAGUAACUCAGUUCCAAGUUGGAUUCACAGGAGACCAGCUGCACUUAGACCAACAGUUGCCCCAGCUACAGCGACAGCCAGCAAUGAGUGAUGCAUCAUAAUUUUAUUAGGUUUUAAUUUUUAGUAUUGUUUUUUCAUUUGCAAGGAAGCCUUCCGUCCGGAAUUUCAGACUUGAUUGCAAACUGCAGACCUGUACAAAAUUGCACAGCUAUUAGAAGUUUGGAUUUGCCAAAAUCAGAAGCUGCUUGUCAGGAAGAAAGGAACAAAAAAGAAACAAAUCAAAACCCACCUUUUGUAACUAAAUCUAGAGCUGUGAUCUCAGGGCUAAAAACAACACUUUUCAUUUAGUUAUGCCUUUCUACAGAUAUACUUGUUUGUAACUAAUCUGAAAAUACCCAAUUAAGAUCAGGCUUAAUGGGUUGGUGAAAAACCUAUGAAUUUUGCUUUUAUUCCUGAAAAGAAAAUGAAGUGCUAAUUCGGUGCCA